GUGCCUCCUCCUCCUCCUCCCCUCCAGGAGGACAGAGGAUGCGGAGACAAAAGGAUAGGAGGCGUUGAGGAGGCUUUUUGGAUGCUCGUUUGCCACACAAACCCUCCUGUUCUCUUCUGGGUGGACGUCGACAGCAGCUCCGACUCGCCCCUUUUUUCUCCCCGCCUGGCCAGCUUCUAGAAUGCGUCCUAACCACCGUCACAUUUGUGUGUUAGCUGCUCGGAUGCCCAGGGCGGACGCCACAUCCUCAUUAUGAAGAUCCAAUACAAUGUAACGUCGUGUUAGCCACUGCUUGUCCCGCCUCGGCAUCCGUUCCUCAGUUUGUCCUCCCACUCCGUCCUCGCACAUAGUCAUGAGUUCAUCCCCGCUGACGUCGCAAGCUCACAUGGACAUCCUGGAUGAGCUACAGCUGAUCACAGCCCAGAACCUGGAGAAGGUGGAGAUCAACAAGUACUACGAAGUGAUUAGGGAGUUGGGCAAGGGCACCUAUGGAAAGGUGGACCUGGUCAUCCACAAGAUCAGAGGUACAAAAAUGGCACUGAAGUUCUUGAAGAAGAAGACGACCAAGCUGAAGUCGUUCCUGAGGGAGUACAGCAUCUCGCUCUACCUGACUCCCUGCCCUUUCAUCAUCAACAUGUUUGGCAUCGCCUUUGAGACGGACGAAUACUAUGUGUUCGCGCAGGAAUACGCACUAGCAGGGGAUCUCUUUGACAUCAUUCCUCCACAGGUUGGUCUUCCCGAAACAGUGGCUAAGCGCUGCGUGCACCAAGUAGCCAUCGCUCUGGACUACCUGCACUGUAAGAAGCUGGUCCACAGGGACAUCAAGCCAGAAAACAUACUCAUUUUUGACCGGGAAUGCCGCAAGGUGAAGUUGUCUGACUUUGGCAUGACCCGCCGUGCUGGCUCACCUGUAAAACGAGUCAGUGGCACCAUCCCGUACACGGCCCCCGAGCUGUGCGACGUGUCCCGCCACGAGGGCUUCUGCGUGGACUACAGCACGGACGUGUGGGCCUUUGGCGUGCUGCUCUUCUGCAUGCUAACGGGUAACUUCCCGUGGGAGAAGGCGCUGGCCUCCGACUCCUUCUACCAGGAGUUCAUCCGCUGGCAGAGGAGAAGGACGAACACGGUGCCUUCCCAGUGGAGACGCUUCACCGAGCAGGCCCUCCGCAUGUUCCGCCGCCUUCUCUCGGUGGAGCAGGACCGCCGCUGCUCCGUCAAAGAGGUGUUCGGGUACUUCAGCCACUCGUGGAUGCUGGAUGGGGAGAACAACAACAACAGCGGCAACGGGGGAAGCGGCGCCGGUGGGGAAAGGGUCGUCGGAAGCAGCAAUGUACGAGCGGAGGUGAACAACACUAUUUCCUCGUCUUCGUCUGGGGAGGAAGACGAGGAACUCCUAGUGGAGCGGAUGAAGCAGCAGACUCUGUCUCCCCUUUCCCCGCUGUCACCGGUGGCUGUGGAUCGAGGGAGCGGAGGCGGGCCUAAGGGCGGCAUGAUGGAACUCGGCGGGGGCCACCACUUCGUGUCCGUGUCCACCAACAGCUCGGUGUCGUCCACCAACAGUUACGAGCGUAUGCCGCGGGAAAACAGUUCGCCGGGAGGCCGCAUGCUCGUGGCCACGCCCAUCGAGAUUUGCGUCUGAGCACCUUUUCGACAUUUUCUACGUUAAUCUUGUCUCACCUGUGUGCUCUUCUUCUUCUUCUUCUUCUUCUACCACCCAUCCAACUACGAACAGUAGAUGUGCAUGCACGGAGAAAGACAGAAGAAGCACACGACGGAAGCGGACGGGUCCUAAGUGGGAAAAGAAGACCAAAAUGUCGUUCCUAAAGCAAUACUUCCAAAAAUGCAAAAAAAACAAACAAAAAAGUUUGGAUGGAGCAUGACAUCAUCAGGGAGGUAAACUGGCGCCCCCUGUGGACAAAGCUUGAAUUGCUUUGUACUGUGGACUCACUUGAACGAUGGAAAAACAAGCAAGGAAGAUGCCUCACUCUGUUUCAUAUUUCUUGGCUUAUUUUUAUUUAAAUAUUAGCUGAGUUGUUUCUGUAACACAGUCAGGAGGAGUUGCUUUUGCAGUCAGAAUAUUCAGGCUCUAAUUCCGCCUGAAGGUUAUUGGUUGACCUCGUGUCAUCCUUGUGUCUAACAUAUCUACUUCACACUAUUUUCUACUCGCUCUUCUGUUAGCCAAUAAAAAUGUGACAUUUUCAUUUAGAAUUCACCCGAAAAAAUUAAAAACGACCUAAUGCAUGACGAGUAGCUCAGACAGCUUUACACACAAAAAAAAUAGAAAAAAAAAAUGUUGUGAUGUGGAAUCUUUUUGACGUAGCACAAUUGCAUUACAUCCAAGAGUGACCGUCAUCAUGUUCUCUUGAGAUAUUUUAGGGCUCAAAAAAAUUAGUUUCCAUUGAGUGUGUUUUAGUGUAUUUGUAUUAAUGUUGUAUAUUCAUGUCAACACCUUCAGGAACUUGGGGGGUGGGCAAGCAAAGCAUGACUCGAUAAGAGCUGACAAGGUUGGGAAUUCAGCGAAUUAUGAAGCUUCUAGGCAUGGAAGUGUUUUUUAAACAGCAAAAAAGUCAUCUUUUCGUAAACGGGAAUAAUGUGAAGGUAAAAAAAAACAACAAAAAACAGUGGAGCUUGCAUUUGGAAUGAGCCCUUUGUGUCUACACAUAAGUCUGCAUGAAUCUUUGUGUGCUAACGCUAAAGAUAAUCGUGAAAAGCUCAGUAGACGCAAACAACACCUGCCAUGUUAUGUAUCUUGCAAAGCUCGGCCCUCGCAUUACAACCCACUUGGAUUACCACGCUCACCAUCCUUACAGCCAGCGAGUAUGCAAAACGACUCCAUCUUGUGACAAUCUCUGACCUCAUGGGACUGGGAACAAAAGGACAAGGCGUGACACGGACACUGAAGUCGCGCUGUUCUCUUUGGGACGCUUGUAGUGGCUUUCCCAUCACGCAGCUGCUGUCUUUUACCGCCUGUUGCACAUUCGCUCACAUGACCGUCGCGAAGAAGAGCAUUACCUCAUCCUCCUUGUCAUCCGCUAACAGCACCAUGCACAACAACAGUCCACCGUAGCAAACCUUCAUCUCAUCUUUGUGUUCCGGAAGGAGCCGCUCACCUUAAAAAAACCCCAAACAUUAUUAAAUCAGUGCUAUACUUUUCAAGUGUAACAAUAAGUUCACCUGCAGUUUUGAAGUGUUUGCAAGUACAAACAAUAACAAUAUUGGCCAAGAAUGAAGCACCCAAAAGCCAUACUUGAGUACAAGUAAAGAUACCUUCCAGGAAAAUGACUUCAGUAAAAGUGAAAGUGAAAAGAGCUGAAAUGUGCUUAUGGAAUUAAAGUAAAAGUGAAAAUAAUGUCCAUGUUAAAGUCUCAUUUACCUUUUUAAAACAGUGUUCCCUCGUUUAUCGCCCGCAAUACGUGAAAUCCGCGAAGUAGCCAACUUUGUUUGUUUACAAUGAUGACAUACUGUAUUUUUAAAGGCUGUAAAACCCCCUCACCAUACACUUGAUACGCUUUUCUCAGACAGGCAAUAACAGUUUCUCACAUUUCUCUCUUGUUUAAACACUCUCCGAGUUUGAAUUUUGUGUGAAUUUUAAUGCUCAAUCAUUAAGUGACUUACGCGUAUUCGCUCUUCCGACCGUGCUUCGUCCUGGCACCGUUCGGGUGUAGCGUUUUUGUAUCCUUGUUAAAACAUAUUGCUCCUGCCGUCGUCAUCCUCCUCGUCCUGCUCCUUCAACCGAAGAUUGAUUUAGCCGGUUAGCUUCUUCUCCUAUUGUUUAUUGGCGGUUAGCAAGCAGCUCACACAGUUAGCGACUUUGCCAGUGACAGCACGAAGGAGAUUGAUUGACAGUGGUCUACAGCCAAUCAGGACGCAGAACACAGUGGGCGGGUUCUCCCUUAGCCAAUAAGGACUGUUGUGGCUCUACAUUUAGCAGGCUAUUGUCUACUAUGGGUUCCGAAUAUGCUCGUACAUGCACGUAAACACACUGAGACGAGGUGGAGCCGCACACGUCUUCAACUCUCCCAUGAGUAUACAGCACCCUCUACUGGUAGCAGUAGUAAAUACAAUAACAGACACAUACAACAGAGCACCAAUAGAUCGCUUUAACACACCACAAGGAUGCAGAACACACUACGUGUUCAUACGCUGUAAAAAAAAAAAAAUCAGUGAAACAGCGAAUCCGCGAAAGGUGAACCGCGAUGUAGCGAGGGAACACUAUUUAUGUAUCCUUAUCAACAUUAAAUACAAAAUAUACUUACCGUAAAUUGGCGGAUAAGCCGCAGACACUAAAUUUAGAGGAAAAAACAGAUUUCUACAUGUAUAAUCCGUACCGGACUGUAAGCCACGUCAUAAAAUGGCAUAUUGUGGCGCGCAUGAGUCCGUGACGACCGGGCAGCUCUUUAUUUGACAGGAGCCAAUCAUGAGCUAUGAAAAAACUCACGACAAGCUCGUCAACCCAUUGGAAAUCACGGGAGGUCACUACUCAAUAUAACAGUCUGACUCACGGUGUCAUCUUACAAACAACACUAAACCCAUCACACAGCAACUUAAUGCUCAAAAGGCAUACCGGAGAAAUAUACAAACAUGUACCAAUAUGAGUUCAAAAUGAAAAUAAACCAACUAUUUUAAAGUUUUCCCAAAAUACAUUGCGUCUGAGAAAAGCAUUUCAUAGGAGGACAAGCGGAAUAGAAAAUGGAUGGAUGGAUGGAUGGAUGGAUGGAUGGAUGGAUGGAUGGAUGGCGCUGCAAUGCUGCCUCUGUCCACCAGACGAGCCCAGAGGGAGAGUGACAUCAUUGCAGCGCCCCGGCAGACACCAAUGAGUGCUUUGCUGAGACGCAAUGCAUUACUGCAGAUUUACCAUUUAUACAAUAUGACAUUUAUGGACUACAGUCGUCCCUCGCUACAUUGCAGUUCAAACACCGCUCCCUCACGCUUAUCGCUGUUUUUCAAAAAUUAAUAAAUAAAUAAUCGCUAUGGCCUAUUAUUAGUCAAAAAAAUAUUGAAGGAGUGUAAAGGUGACUAUAGGGGUGUUAUUUCAUGUCGACAGGGCUCUAAUAAUAGUACUAAAUGUAUUUACAAGGUCAUAACAGGUAUUCUGUGCAAAAAUAUUCCAUUUAUUAAUACUGUACUGUACUUCACGGAAAUUCACUUAUCGAGUCGGGUCUGGAACCAAUUAAUCACGAUAAACGAGGAACAGCUGUAUAUUAUAAAAAUAAACUUACCAUAGUGCCCCACUGGAAUCCAAUAUCAUUUUAAACGCCCCUGAAAUGAGCAGGAUAGGACGCCUUUAAGUUAACUCGUACCAGGGCUGUUAUUUCAUGUCAACAGGGCUCUAAUAAUACUACAAAACGUAUUUACAAGUGUGCGAAAAUAUUGCAUUUAUUAAUACUGUAUCGCAUAUGCCACUUAAAAAUGAAAGUGGCAUUCUUGCAGUGUUUUCUAAUGUGUAAAAGAGCACAUCAUAUCCCCAAGCAUGCUGUCAUGCACUGGCAAACAUAAAGUCAACAGAAUAACAUGUCAAAUGUGUACUGUAUAUUGUUUAGACAAAAAAAGGACUUGCUGAAUGAACGUCUCUUUCUUUGAUUGUUAAUUUACGUUCUAUAUCCUUAUCUAUAUUUUGAUACCUGUUCAUUUGGAUUUGGGACAUUUCCUUACGUGGUGUUUUCAACACUCCAGGCGCCACAUUUCAAAGUCAUUAUGUUACAAAGCAGAAAAGUUACCAUACUCGCCUGUGUUGGUCUGGCUGGUCAAGUUUUGCGCCCAGUGGCGGAGCUACGUACGUGGUCACUCUCCGGCCACCCCACCGGCGGUCUAGAUAUUUCAGGUAUCAACUCGUCACCGCCCCUAUGUGAGUCAUGGUCUCACCUUCGCCACCCCAAUGAAAAAUUUGUGGCUGCGCCACAGUUUGCGCCCUUCUUGAAAUUAAUCCAAGAUGUUCCAAAGUUCAGCGUUCAAACGUCGACUGAGGCCAAGCUAGAAGGCUAACUCGGCUAGCUCGGGCUCGGCUAGUUAGCUAGCUAGCUAAAUAAACGCCUUGAUUCACACCAAUGUUUAAUGGAUGGUUCUUAUUCUCCAUGUUUCUUCAUAAUUUCACAGGUAUUGAUACAAUUAUAUGUUAGUGUAGCAACAGUAUUGUGUUUUUUUUUUAACUGCAAGCCCAUCUUUCAAAGCAUUUAGGCUCGAGGUGGGAGGAGAGAUGAUUCACUUCAAACUGGAAAUAUUAGAUCCAUCCUUUUCUCUUUAUUGGCAACAUCCCAACAUGACUCCAUCUCCUCCUCGUCGUUGUCAUGCGUGUUGUGGUAGAGCUUCAGUGUCUUUCUGUCCAGUGACAGUUUCCCAGCAUUAUUUUUGUGUAGUUUUAGUGACUAGACGGCCACAGGCAUUCAAACUUGGUUUUGUCUUCGCAAUACGACUGUCUUCCUGUAAACCCACAUUUAGUCAAUAAAAUGACAAUUCUUGUUGAUGGA